AUGGUGUCCCGCAACCAGGCGUCCUUGGUUCCACAGUAUGUGGGGCUCUGGGACUUCGAGGCCCGCACAGAGGAGGAGCUGAGCUUCCGGUCGGGAGACCUCUUUCACGUGACCCAGAAGGAGGGCCAGUGGGGCCUGGCUGAGAAGCUGGACUCAUCUGGCAAGGCGGUGGCCCGGGGCUAUGUGCCCCUCAACUACUUGGCCCAGAAGGAGACGCUGGAAUCAGAGCCGUGGUUCUUUGGCUGCAUUUCCCGCUCAGAAGCGUCGCACCGACUCCAGGCUGAGGGCACUGGACGCGGAACUUUCCUGCUUAGGGUCAGCGAGAAGCCAGGAGCUGACUACGUCCUGUCCGUGCGGGACUCGCAGAGUGUGAGGCACUACAAGAUCUGGCGAGCGCGGGACAGGCUGCACCUCAGCGAGGCCCUGUCCUUCCCCAGCCUGUCCGAGCUCGUGGCUCACCACCAGGCACACAGCCUGACCCACGGCCUGCAGCUGACCGUGCCCUGCCGCAAGCAUGAGCAGGAGCCGCUGCCUUACUGUGACGACUGGGAGCAACCUAGGGAUGAAUUCACACUCUGCAGGAAACUCGGCUCUGGCUACUUUGGGGAGGUCUUUGAGGCGCUCUGGAAGAACCAGGUUCAAGUGGCCGUCAAGGUCAUCCCCCGAGCUGACCUCAAGCAUCAGCACGUGAUCCACUCGGAGAUCCAGGCCAUGAAGCAGCUGCGACACAAACACAUCCUGGCACUCUACGCCGUGGCCUCAUUGGGGGACCCGGUGUACAUCAUCACGGAACUUAUGCCCAAGGGCAACCUUCUGGAGCUACUGCGGGACUCUGAUGAGACGAUCCUGCCUGUGUCCGAGAUGGUGGACAUAGCAUCACAGGUGGCUGAGGGAAUGUGCUACCUGCAAUCCCAGAAUUUUGUCCACCGUGACCUGGCUGCUAGGAAUAUCCUUGUGGGAAGGAAUAACAUCUGCAAAGUUGGGGACUUUGGCCUGGCCCGGCUCAUCAAGGAGGGCACGUAUCUGUCCAGAGAGCACAACAUUCCAUACAAGUGGACAGCACCCGAGGCCCUGGCCCGAGGCCACUACUCCAUCAAGUCGGACGUCUGGUCCUUCGGGAUCCUCCUGCAUGAGAUCUUCAGCAGGGGACAAGCACCUUACCCAGGUAUGACCAACCAUGAGGCCACCCAGAAGGUGGAUGCUGGCUACCGCAUGCCCUGCCCGCCCAUGUGCCCACCUGCCAUGCACAGGCUGAUGCUGUCCUGCUGGCAAGCGGAUCCUGGGGCCCGGCCCUGCUUCCAGGCCAUUCAGGAGCGGUUGUGCAGCCUCACCAGAUAUGAGAACCCUCUGUGA